AAAUCCCCUGAGAAAAGAGAGAAAAAGAGGCGAAAAUGGUGCAGCGUCUUGUUUACCGGUCGCGACACAGCUACGCCACCAAAUCGAACCAGCACCGUAUCGUCAAGACUCCAGGAGGUAAAUUGGUGUACCAAACCACUAAGAAGAGAGCUAGUGGCCCCAAAUGCCCUGUUACUGGCAAGCGUAUUCAAGGAAUUCCUCACUUGAGGCCUUCUGAAUACAAGAGGUCAAGAUUAUCGAGAAACAGGAGGACUGUGAACCGUGCAUAUGGUGGAGUCUUGUCUGGUUCUGCAGUCAGGGAAAGGAUUAUUCGGGCAUUCCUUGUUGAAGAGCAAAAGAUUGUGAAGAAAGUGUUGAAACUCCAAAAGGCUAAGGAGAAAGUAGCCCCCAAGGCUUAAGCUUAUGGCUAUGCUCAAGUUAUAGGACUUGGUGCGUUUAUGUUUUGUUCUUCUCUGUCGACAAUUAUCUUCCCUUCAGUUUUGAUUUCCCGUUUAAUUGUUGAAUCCACCUUUAUUGUUCGACUGUUAAACAGAUCUUGGUUAAUAUAUAAUUUUAAUCUUUUGGACACAAAA